CCACAACCUCAGCAAGGGCACAAAACAGAGACAACAACAAGAGCCAACAGUCAAAACAAAGAGUUCAGAGAAGAAGCGAACACUGAAGGAGAACCACUGUUGAUCUUGAGCUUUUUAAAUUAUUAUUUUUUUUGUCAAAGUGAGCCCUUGUUCACUGCAAGGCUCUUAGUAUUUAUAUUUUGGUGCAUUUUACAGCAGUCUACAGAGGAUCUCAUCAUGAGAUGCUGUGCUUUAACUGUAUGUUUGCUUCUGGGGAUAAGCAUUCAGGAUGGAUGGAGCCUUCCCCUCAAAUCAGUCUUUGUCACCUUCCCAGGAGACAUCAUCAAAAACAUGACGGAUUCGGAGCUGGCAGAAAAUUAUCUGAAUAAGUUUGGCUACAUGGACACAAUGAAACGCAGUGGCUUUCAGUCCAUGGUGUCAACUGCCAAGGCUUUGAAGGCGAUGCAGAAGCAGAUGGGUCUGGAGGAGACUGGAGAACUGGACAAGCCAACCAUAGAGGCCAUGAAACGUCCUCGCUGUGGGGUGCCUGAUGUUGGCAACUAUAAAACAUUUGACGGAGACCUCAAAUGGGACCAUCACGAUGUCACUUAUAGGAUCAUGAGGUACACUCCAGACAUGGACAUCUCUCUGGUCGAUGACGCCUUCGCCAGAGCCUUCAAGGUGUGGAGUGAUGUAACCCCCCUGACUUUUACCCGCCUCUUCGAUGGGACGGCUGACAUCAUGAUAUCAUUUGGAAAAGCCGACCAUGGUGACCCAUACCCAUUUGAUGGUAAGAAUGGCCUUCUUGCCCAUGCUUAUCCACCUGGUGAGGGCAUGCAGGGAGAUGCCCACUUUGAUGAUGAUGAGUACUGGACUUUGGGAAAAGGAGCAGCUGUGAAGACUCACUAUGGAAAUGCCAAUGGUGCCAUGUGCCACUUCCCCUUCACUUUCGAGGGCAAAUCCUACACCACCUGUACUACUGAUGGCCGUACAGACAACCUGGAAUGGUGCGCCACAACAGCUGACUACAGUAGAGACAAGAAAUUUGGCUUCUGCCCAAGUGAACUACUGUACACAUUUGGAGGAAACGCUGGCGGAGAUAAGUGCGUCUUCCCCUUCGUAUUUCUGGGGAAGGAAUAUGACAGCUGCACCACAGAGGGCCGCAGCGAUGGUUACCGCUGGUGUGCCACCACAGACAACUUUGACACAGACAAGAAAUUUGGCUUCUGUCCCAGUCAUGGCAAUGCUGUAACCGGUGGAAAUUCUGAGGGAGAGUCCUGCCACUUCCCCUUUGAGUUCCUGGGUAAACAGUAUGACUCCUGCACUAGUGAGGGGCGAGGAGAUGGCAAGUUGUGGUGCAGUACCACAGACAGCUAUGACAAUGACAAGAAAUGGGGCUUCUGUCAAGACGAUGGUUACAGUCUGUUCCUGGUGGCAGCCCAUGAGUUUGGACAUGCCCUUGGCCUGGAUCACUCCAGCAUAAGAGAGGCUCUCAUGUACCCCAUGUACAGCUACGUUGAAGACUUCUCCCUGCAUCCAGAUGACAUCGAGGGGAUCCAAUAUCUCUAUGGACGCAAAACAGGCCCAGACCCCACCCCCCCUCAGCCCAUCCCAACCACCACUGACUAUGAGAUUGACCCUACAGAUGUACCUGAAACCACCGAAGCCCCCACCACUACCACCACUACCACCACACGACCAGUGGAUCCAACCAAAGAUGCCUGCAAGAUCACCAAAUUCGACACCAUCACUGUGAUUGGGGCAGAACUACAUUUUUUCAAGGAUGGAAAUUACUGGAAGAUGUCUGACAGGAGUGAUGAAGGGCCCAAGGGACCAUUUGCCAUUUCUGAGAAGUGGCCAGCCCUGCCAGCAGUCAUUGACUCUGCCUUUGAGGACCUUCUGACCAGGAAAUUGUACUUCUUCUCAGGGACCCGAUUCUGGGUAUACUCCGGGCAGAGUGUCCUGGGUCCCCGUAACAUUGAGAAGCUUGGUCUCCCCAACACUGUUCAGAAGGUGGAGGGAGCACUGCAGAGGGGGAAAGGCAAAGUGCUGCUCUUCAGCGGGGAGAGCUUCUGGAGGCUUGAUGUGAAGGCCCAGAAAAUCGACAAAGGGUACCCCAGGUACACAGAUGCUGUCUUUGGUGGUAUCCCCAAUGAUGCUCAUGAUGUAUUCCAGUACAAAGGUCACUUCUACUUCUGCCGGGAUCGUUUCUACUGGCGUAUGAACUCCCGCAGACAGGUGGAUCGUGUUGGAUAUGUAAAAUACGACCUCCUCAAGUGCUCAGACUCUUCAAGCAAUCGCUACUGAGGAGAUGAAUGCACAUGGAUGAGCUGGAAAUCGUCUGUAAUGUUGUAGCACCUAUUUAUCUCUUCUGUGCAGGUGCCAGGGAGAAUGAUACGCAGUAUUUGUGUAUAAUGUCUGUUGUAUGAUGUAAGUGCUUUCUAGGAUGUGAAAAAAUUAGUCAUUUAAUCAUUGAUGUUGGCUAAUUGUGAAAUAUACAAACAGAGACCCAAAGGGGAAGCAAAGCAAAUUGUGAUCUUUGUCAUUUCCCUGCCCUCAGUCUGAAUAUCUGUGAACUGAUCAGGUUAUAGCGGUGUACAAUUUAAGACCCGUAACCACAAUUAAAACAUUCACAAAAGCUCUCUGGGUCAGAUUCCAGAUUUGCUAAAUUAUGUCUUUAUGUCUGACAGGUUCAGACUUUUUAUAAUAUUUGGAUUAUUUUGGUAUUUAUAGUAACAUCUAAUAUUAUUUUUGUGACCUAACGCUUUGUUUGUUUUGUAUAAUUCUGUGUGUAUUUCUGAAAGAAAAAAGGCUUAAGAGCCAAUUACUUGCACUGGAAGACAAUGCAUGUCUCCUUCACUGAAAUUAUUUAUGAGACUGAUGUUUUGUAUUAAGGUUUUAACUUUCAAUGCAAUAAAAAUUAACUGAGACCUACCCAA